GUUGGGACGGCCGCAUGCUCCCAGUAGCAGCCCUUCCGCUGAUUGGUGAGCCAGGAGAGCCCGGGGAGCCCUGGGACAGAAGUGUGCAGCCAGGCUUGGACGCUCCUCUGCAGGACCCUUCCAAGGCCGUGGUGGCCCUGCACGUGGAGCC